AUUUAAAAUGUGUAAGCAAAAAAUAUAUGUUAAUGGAAUAUAUUGAUGUAUUUCACCUUUAUUAAUUAAUUUAUUUAUUGACGAUCAAUAUUUUGUUCAAAAUCAGAAAUUGACUUAAAUAAGAUGCAAUAAUAAUAUAUUAUUGUAUUAAACAAAAACAAAAUAACAUCUAUGACAUAAGCGACCUCGGCUUAGCUUUAACCAUGUUUAAUGUCGGAACGCGUCUCCAUACAAAUAAACAACACCGAGACUAACCUAACUGUUUGUAUGUUUGUGCAAUAACAAAUCAUUAAAUUGGUCAAUCCCCGCUUAAUGACAAACUCCGACACAAGUGGACAUGAAAAUAGAAAAUAAACACAGAAAAAACCCAUAACAAACGAAAGACAAAGAAACUUCGCAUCGGACAGAAUCACUUCGAGUUAUUAUUGCUUUUUGAAUUUUUCUUCUACGAUAAACUCAUUAUGGCAAGUGGAGAAUCUAGCCAGUCUUCCCGAGUACCCCCACCGAGACCUACCCCGCCAGCUAAAAUACUAUAUAAGAGGUUUCAGAAGCUCUUUAAAACAUCACUGCAACUUGCCAAUGAAGGAAUUGUAUUUGAUGAGAUUGGAAAAGCUAAUGAUGCUAUUAAUAUGUACACAAUGUGCCUUGAGCACAUCAAGUUCAGUCUCGAUGUUGAUCUUGACGAUCAAUACCUGUCAACAGAUGAACAAACAUCUUACCGAGACAUGCUUCACAAAUUGACCAAGACAAAGAUGCAAGUCGAAUCACGCCUUGAUAUGCUGAACGUUGUGAAUAAUACCGCAACCGACAGUAAUUCAAAUGUAAUGAGUCCACCUUCCUAUGAAGAGGUCAUGUCCGGAUCUUUUGUUGGUGCUCAAGAUGGAGCAACUGCUUCUAGAAACACUCACUGUGCCAACCGCCGUGUCUCACAGAAUGCCACGCGGAUAUUUUUCAUACCAGAAGGUGUACAGCUGCUCUAUAUAACUCCGGAAGGUUAUGUCACAGCUCCUUCCUAUCCCACUGCCCUCAACAUAUAUCGCAUAGAUGAAGAAGACACCAGUGAAACUGCCAAUACCACACCUCCCGCUUUCUUACAGGUUGGAGAAUGGCUCUAUCCACUCUUACCUGGAAUUUCCCCAGUCUUACAUGCUUCAUAUGGAGCGUAUAUAUUCCCUGACAUGCUUGCACCAAGAGAGGGCUGUUCAGUUGGUCUUAUAUUACCAAAAUCAUUGUCUCCGGAGGAAAAAAAGGAAUUUGAAGACUUACUUUCAAACCUCACACACCUUGAACGACAGCCCCGUGCUGAAAGACCUCGAGUUUUGGACCUUGGGGAAAAGAGUAUUAGUCAGGAAGAGGAAGAAAAGACCAGUACAAAAGUCGCCAAGGGUAUAGAAAAAGUUGCUGAACUCAUUGCCUGGGGUCUUGGUAAAGGAGCAGAACAUGGUACAGCACUUCUUAAGAAAGGGUCUGAACAAAUUAUUUCUCACAUAAGUCCAGCUCAGCGCAAAGCUGUUGAUCCAACUGCUCAAAAAAGUGCUGAGUAUUUAAGAUAUGCAACACAUUCUGCUGUGAGAGUUAGUGGCUAUGCCUUGAGCAAACUUGGUGAUGCUACAAUGGCUUUUGGUCGUAUUCUUGCACCACACUUGAAAGAACAAGGGAAAAAGAUUUUACCGAAGUCUAUUACAAACAGCUCAGAGGCAGCUUCUAAUUUUGAUGCUGCUAUUGAAAUUGCUUCAAGUGGUAUAAAAGGUUUUAGUACUGUCUACAUAGGCUUAGAGGCUGCAGCUAAAUUCCUUGCCAGAGGCCUUGCUAAUGAGACUGUCCACAUUGUAAAUCACAAGUAUGGAACUGAUAUGGCAAAAACAACAGAGAACACGUUAUAUUCAGUUGGCAACGUUGCUAUGACAACUAAUAAUGUAACUAACUUUGGUGCAAAAGCCCUUGCCAAAAGAGUGGUGAAGGAUGCUGGUAAAGCUGUCAUCAUAGAACACAGUGACAAACCCUUGAGCAAUCCAGGGUCAGACACUGAUAGUGAUGCUAAGUCACCAUCCCAUGAGACAACCAAAAAGUCACCACUUGAGUAGUGCUUGUUUAGAAUAUUCAAUUGUUUAAUAAGUUUUGAGAGAGAGAGAGAGAGAGUGAGAACUGUAUAUAACUAAGCACACCCGGACACACUAACACUCUCUCUCUAUUUGAUUCCUUUCUUUUUUUCUUUCUGUUUAUCUAUCUUUCUAUUUAUUUUACAGGCCUCGUCUAUUGACUGACACUAACACACAAAUGUGCUUCCAUAUACAAAGCAGUCACCCUUUAAUGCAAACACAUGUACACAUACAUACACACAUAUUCAAUUACUGAGAUUUCUGUAUGUUUUUGGUUCUUAAAUUGUACCAAUUACUGGAGCUUCUAUAUGGCUGUUUGACUUGUUCAAAAUAGCAGCCAAAUCUCCCACAAAUUGGACCCUAUUGUCUUUAAAAAUAUAAUAAAAAGGAAAGGACACAUUAGAUAAUGUAGUCCUAAACACAUCAGGAUGACAUCAUGGUUAGAAUGCCUAGAAUCAUAAUUAUGCUUGAUCGGGGCUUACCCAGGGCUAAAACAUCAACUGGUUUCAAAGGUUCUUCUGGUGUUUUUAAAGGAUCAUGUUGUCAUUAUAAUCACACACCUGUUAAUAUAUUGGACAUGCAUAUAUAUAUAUAUAUAUGUGUAUAUAUAUAUAUAUAUAUAUAUAUAUAUAUAUAUAUAUAUAUAUUUAUGCUCCAACAUUGCACUCGCUGUGAUGGUGGAAACUAACUAGAAAUAAAAAGGUGUUUUCUAUGUGUAUAUUUGGGUGUGUAUGUGCAUGUAUGUAUUUAUGAAUGUAUAUCUGGGUAUGUAUAAAGUACCUAACUCUAUUUUAUUCUUUAAAUUUCCACAAUAAAGAAUUAGCCAGCCUCAGUCUUGGAAGCAAUUCUCUUUGUUGGAAUUUAGACUACGGGAUUGCACCUUAAAAGAUGUAUAAGCCAGUUUGUUGACUGGUUGUAUCCUGUUGCAUUCUGCCUAACUAAUAUACAAGGGGGUGCUGAAAAGUUCCUGGCUUUAAGGGUAUCACAAAAGGUUUGGUUGCUGGCCCAACCUUCUGAGUUCUUUUACAGGGCUUAGAAAAACUGAAGAACCAUUGCAAUAAGUGUGUGAAUCUGAGAGAGGAAUAUGUUGAAUAAAAUCAUAAUUAGCUAAUCCUCCUGUAUUUUCUUUUACCCAAAGCUAGGAACUUUUCAGCACCCUCUCGUAUAUUGUUACUUUCACUACAGUGUUACAUUUAAGUGGUUAGCACUAGGAAUCAUCAUUCUGUACCUUCUUUACCAAACAAAUUUAUAGUAGGACCAACACACCACCUAUUUUAACACUAUCACUAUCACCACUUAGCCCUUGGGUACUUUUAGCAGAGUUUAUUCCCUACCAAGCAUUUAGAUAAAACCCUAUGUUAAUCAUUCAGAUAAAGUUGCUGGUUAUUGACCAGACCAGUUUCAUCAAUCUUGAAGAACGUUCAAAGGUCUAGUCUCUGCUCAGCUUCCCUGGCUAAUUUUAUAUGUAUGUAUGUAUAUGUAUUUGGUUGGUAUUUUUUGAAAAUGCUGCUUGGUUUAAAAACCACCUCCUGGUGGACCCUGGGUGCCUUUACUGGAGUUCAUUCUGCUAUUGUCAACAUUCAAACUCUUCCAUUGGUUUUUUUCUUCCCUACCCCCACUAUUUCUCCUUCCAUAAAUAAUCAGGCUAGCUAUCAGCCACCUCAAUGUCACCAGUCAUGGAAGGUGCCUGAAAAGAAAUGAGUUUGAUUUCUUUGCUAUAGUUUCUUAAAAUAAGUUAAUCAAUGAUAUGCAAAUAUUUCAAAUUUGUCAAUGUUUAAAAAGAAACAACAGAAAAAAAACGCUAAAAUCUUUAUGAUUUAAUCUUUUUCAUUUUUUGCUUGGUGUUUUUUUAUUAUUAUUUUACUUUCAUUUAUAUAUUUAUUUUUCUCUGAAGACUUUUCACUUUUAUCAAUUUGAAAUGUCAAACUGUAAGAUCUAAAACAAAAAACAAAAAUUGCAAAAUUCAUAACCAAAGAAAAAGCUAGAAAUUCAAAAGAAGUAAAGAAAUAUAAAUAAAUAACUAUUUGGGUAUAUUUAGUGUGAAAAUAGCCCCAAUUUUUGGAAAAUGGUUAGGAAUAUAACCUAAAAAAAAAUCAUCAGUUGGUAAGAUCUUUUCCUGUAGAAAAUAUUUUUGAAGGAAUUGACUAAUCAACAUUUGGGUAUUACAAGAAUUCUCAGUUAGAAAGGAAAAUAACUUCUAUAUCAUUACACUACUUUCAUUAUUUCUAAAUUUCUAAUUAAGGAGCUUUUUUUGAUUAAGGAGUGGAGGAAAGGGAUCCAUUUUACAGUCAAGAAACUCUUAUGAAACCAUAUCAACCAUUCUUUAUUUUGUCUGAUCUAGCUUGAUCUUGUUUGUCAGGGAGCUGUUAUCCUAUAUUCCACAUGAUAUGAAUGCAUUUAUAUUUAUAUGUGUGUGUGUGUAUAUAUGUGUGUGUGUGUGUGUGUACUAUGGUCCUGUGUAGUUGAAUCUGACUUCUGGUGCCUCCGUGGAACAUCCAUGUCCACAUGGCUUUCCUGAUACAUUACGGAAGUAGUUUAUUAUUACCCUCUUCUGGAGUUCAAUAUAUAUUUCCCAGAUGGCUAUACACAUACACACAUGCAGAUACACAGACACAGUAUAAUUUGCGAUACACACUCACGCACACACUUGUGCACACCUCCACUAUAAUUUGAGAAACUAGAUUUUUCACAGAGUGCUUUGCAUGCUCUAUGCAGAAGUAGUGUUCUUCCUAGUGCUCUAUAGCAAAUUAAUUAAUAUCAUCCAGAAGUCUGAUGAUUGAUGUUGAGUUUUUAAGACUGGAUAUUAUGAAACUUUAAGUGACCAGAUGAUUUGAGAAGUUUCUGUAAUACACAAAUAGGUGUGUAUGUGUAUAUAUUUGUUUGUUUGUAUGUAUGUAUGUGUGUGUGUGUAUGUGUGUGUGUAUGUAUAUAUAUAUAUAUAUAUAUAUAUACACACGCACAUACAUACUGUUUUAAUUGUAAUUUGUUAUAUAUUAAUAUUAUUGAUUUGUUACAAAUGAAUUUUGAAAUUUCCUGAAAAUGAAAUUUAUUUGCAUUUGUUGAAAAUAAUUUUUGCGGGUAGGGAAUGGAAAGAGUGGGCUGGUUACUUUUUCAUUGAUAUUUUUACUAUCAUUAUUGAUAUUGUUGUUAUCAGUGUCAUCUUAAACUGUGACUUUUAUAUAUAUAAUCUAUAAUUGAAAGGUGAGUGAAAUAAUAUUGACGAUUUGAUCCAAUGAUCAGAACUGAUUGCUUGACCUGGUAACUUGAUCUUGUGAUGUGACCUAACCUGAUGUGAUGAUUUUCACAUAAGGAAUUGGUCUCAUGUUGCUUUUACUUCCUAGAGACAGUUUGUGGUGGAAAAUGUUUGAUAGAGUACCAACCUACUAUUCAAAAGAAUUGUUGAAUGUUUGUAUUCUAUCAUUUCAAUUCUGUUGUUUUGUGUCCUUGGUAAAGACAUUCAACAAUAAAUAGGACUGUUCUACUUUACUGUAAGUAGAUGGCAUUAUGAGGUGUAGUUUAUGGCUGUCAGAAAAUAAGCAAGAUCAUUAUAAAAGCUAUGAGCCUUUUGUUAAUUUGCAGUACUAAGUUCAGCUCAUCCUCAUGUUGCAAAAUAUGUGAGAGCCUGGUAUUCCAAUACAUAAGGAGAAAAAAAAAGGCAGAAUGUAUCUCAACUUGUUGACAAUUUAAAAACUAGUGAUAACCACUGGCAUACUGUGACAGUUUUUGGUAAAAUGACAGUGAAUAAAAGGAAAUAU